UGCAAGCUGGAUUUGGAGUUUUUGUCUGCUGAGUUGACCUCAUCUCUCUCUCUCUCCAGUCUCAUCUGUCUCUUUUUCUCUCCCAUUAAUUAAUCUCAUGUUUUCUUUGUCUCAACUUUAAAUGCCAACUCUGUACUUCUCCGAUGCUUUUUCUUCCUUUCCUGUUCUGUUCAUCUCCCCAUACCUACCCCUUACCUUUGGCUCUCCUCAUUGAUCCCUCACAGUCUCCUCCAACUCAUUCCUCCACAGAAUGUGAUCUUAGCCCUCCCCAUCCUCCCCAAAGCAGAAGCCAUCUCGCACCAUUUUACCGAACUGACCCCUUCCCUUCUCCCAGUCUCUGAAAAAGGAGCUUUUUUCCCCUCGUGGUUCGGCACUAGCCAUUCCUUGAUUCUUUAUCAUUUCUUUGAUGCUUCUUUCCUCAUUCCAGUCCAGUGGCUUUUCUCUGCUUGGAUGCCACUCUAGCUGCAUUUUUUCUCUUUAGUUUUGGUUCGGUGAUUUUGGGGGUUAUUGGCCUUUGGUGUUGAAGCUUCACGCCUUGGGGUUCCGUCUCUUAAAGACGCCCUUCGCUUGUUGUGUGGAAGAUCAGCAAGAUCAGACCACCAAAAGCGGAAAGAAAAUGUCAUCCGGUAGUUCAUUAAAUGCUGAAUUAUUACAGAAGACACCAGUUUUUGGUCUGAGACUUUGGGUGGUGAUUGGCAUCUGCUUUGGUGUAUUAAUUGUGUUUAUUCUCACUAUUUUAUCGACAUGGGUCACAUUCAAGAGAAAGACAAGCAGGGGUUUUGACAACAUGACAAUCUCACAAAUCCCGACUGUGUCCAAAGAGAUUACCGUGGACAGAGUCGGUAACCCGUGUGAUGCUCAAACUCUUCAGGAACUUACAGGGCCUUUCUUCCACUCGCAUGACAAAUUUAGUGACACGGAAUCAGUAAGGACACUUGCCCACUUGACCAUGAGCAAGUCCAGCGAUGCUGAUAACCUGAGCCACUGCAGCUCUGCCUAUCACAAUGACAGGGCUGGGAGUUCAUAUUCUGGUGAUGAAGGUAGUACCGGACCCACUAGGAAAACACAUCCUGCAUAUGCAUUUGUGGCUGCAUCUCCUUUGAUUGGACUGCCAGAAUCCUCACAAUUGGGUUGGGGUCACUGGUUUACUCUAAGGGACCUUGAGCUCGCUACAAAUCGUUUCUCUAAGGAGAAUGUCAUUGGGGAGGGUGGAUAUGGAAUUGUUUAUCGCGGGCGUUUGAUAAAUGGAUCUGAGGUUGCAGUAAAGAAGCUUCUAAACAAUCUGGGACAGGCAGAGAAAGAAUUUAGAGUGGAAGUGGAAGCCAUUGGUCACGUUCGACACAAAAAUCUAGUGAGGCUUUUGGGAUAUUGUGUAGAAGGAAUUCAUAGGAUGCUUGUAUAUGAGUAUGUCAACAAUGGAAAUCUAGAGCAGUGGCUACAUGGAGCUAUGCGUCAACAUGGCAUCCUUAGUUGGGAGAACCGCAUGAAGGUCAUCCUUGGCACUGCAAAGGCACUUGCUUAUUUGCAUGAAGCAAUUGAACCAAAAGUUGUGCACAGAGACAUUAAAUCAAGUAAUAUCUUGAUCGAUGAUGGAUAUAACGGAAAGAUAUCUGAUUUUGGAUUGGCUAAGCUUUUGGGUUCAGACAAAAGCCACAUUGCAACUAGAGUAAUGGGAACAUUUGGGUAUGUGGCUCCAGAAUAUGCUAACACUGGACUUCUAAAUGAAAAGAGCGAUGUUUAUAGUUUUGGAGUAUUGUUACUAGAGACUGUGACCGGUAGGGAUCCUGUGGAUUAUGGCAGGCCGACAAAUGAGGUGAAUCUUGUCGAGUGGCUAAAAAUGAUGGUUGGAAAUAGAAGGGCAGAGGAAGUAGUGGAUCCAAAUCUUGAGGUCAAGCCGGCUAUGCGUGCCCUUAAACGCACACUUUUAGUUGCACUGAGAUGUGUUGAUCCAGAUUCUGAUAAGAGGCCCAAGAUGGGUCAGGUUGUUCGAAUGCUUGAAGCAGAUGAACUUCCUUACCGUGAGGAUAGGAGAAACCGAAGGAAUCAGGCGGGAAGCAUGGAGAUCGAAGCCCUGAAGGAGAGUAACAGUUCGACUGAUCUGGAAAAUAAAGUAGGACUUGGAGAUAACCGGGCAUCCGACAGGUUCCAAGCAUAACAAGUGUCAUUACGCCUGCAUGAAUUCAGCUGUUAGCAUUUUCUCUUUGCUAACGAUGUUGAAUAGCUCUGUGGCAAACAGUUUGAGAUUGACUGGGGAAUACAAUUUCUGGUUCUUUGGGUACAGUGCUGUUUCUUCUGCCAGCGUGAGUUAGGUGAGACCAAAAGAAGAGUGAACUCAUCAUUCUGAUGUUCCUGAAAACCUGGUCGUGUUGGAUUUCCUGUAUAGAUCUAUCUUCAAUUUGGAUAUCUUCUUCUUCAUCAAUCUAAAUACUGUUUAUUUGUCUGUUUUGUUC